AAUGAUUAGGAUUGUGGGUAAAAGGAAGACCGUUGUUUACCAUGGCGACGGGGACGCUACCGCCUGUUGUUAACAGAUACAAAGUGCAUCUAACAUUAUUAUUAUUUCUGUUAAUAUACAUAGGUCCACUUAAUUGCCAGCAGUUUGUCAUCCCAUUUAAGGCUCCUUCAGACUGUAGUGCGGAAGAAUUUUUCGAUAUCUCGAGUCUCUCGUGUGUGAGUUGCGGUUCAAAUCAGCGACGGAGCACAACAGGACUCAGCUGCAUUUGCAAAACUGGAUACCAAACUCUCACCACUGACAAGGCCUCCAUUACUUGUCAGCAAUGUCCCACUGACAGCCCUGCAGUAACUACAGGUGGGUUUGGAUGUAUUCGCUGUCCAGGCAGUCUCAGUGAUGAGGGGAAGUGCCAGUGCCCGCCAGGCAAUGUUCUGGUGGAGAGAGAUGUCAAUGGAAACCUUUUGGAGGAGGCCAGCUGUGUAACAUGUAAUGGAAACUCCCCUGCUUUGUCUGUACCAAACCACAGUGGAGAAAGGUGUGAGAGAUGUCAGGCUUCCUUCAUUAAUACCUCCUGUCUGUGUAACCCUCCUAAUGUCCUGGCAGAAGGAUUAUGUUUCCCUCCAGGCAGCCUCUCCACUAAUGUGAAUCCCAGUGUCAACUAUGCUGAGUUGAAGUUCAGUGUCCAGUCUGCGUGGUUCAUCAAAAACCUGUACUCCUCCUCAGCAGCCUGCCUUGUCUUCUCUAACCUGACGGCGUGUCAGGCUCUUGGGAACAUGUGUGUGAUGAACAUGCACUCCUUCAGCGGCAUCUCCACCGAUGCCUGCGGUCUCUUUAACACCAUCUUCAGAUCUAGGGCUGCUUUGAGCUCAACUCAAGACAUUUCCUACUGGAGAGUUAAUCUGCCAUGGCUUUACUAUGGGGACGAACCAGGACUGGCCAGUCGAGUGCUUCAGACCGAUCCUGUUCCCAUUAGGUUCAGUUUCAGAGGAAAAAACAAGAACACUGACAUUAAGCUGCUUGCUGCUGUCUAUAAUGUUAGAGGGGAGUUCCUCAGAUGGGAACAAGUAGGAGGACGUAACCUUCAGCUUUGUCCAGAAACGACCACCAAACAGGCAGCAGCCUUCAGCUUUGGAACUGCUUACCAAGAAAGUUGUGAUCUUUCAGUAGCAGAGCUUUUGGGUACCCAUCCAGAGCCGAUCUUCUAUGAUGUGUUUAUGGAUCUUGGUGGAGGAGAGAACAGAAAACUUCUCCCUCUGCCUACACUAGUGUAUAACCAGCAAUACAAUGGACGGUUCAUCAACCAAGGUGGGGUUUUAUUUGUGUCUGUGUGUGUCUGUGUGUGUCUGUGUGUUGCUUUAAUAUAUUUAUUUUUUUGUACAGAGAGCAUGAAGAACUGGUACCUGUCUCGGCGUAUGUUUGUUGUCGACACACUGAGUGGAAGAGAGAAGAGCACGGAUUCCCUGCCCAAAGUCAUCCGUGUAGCCAGCAGUGUCAAAAUAAGGUUCCAGCUGGUUCCACGAACCCAGGAAGGACAGGUGUUUACCCCUUUAAUGACUGUGACCUACAAAGACAUUCCCAUCACGGAUAUCAAUACACAAACUGUGACUACUACGUUUGCUGUAGAGUAUGAGAUGGAUCAGAAUGAGGCUCGCAUAAAGACCGAUACUGCUCUAGGUGUGAUGGGUGGCGUGGCCGUCCUCUACUCUCUGCUGAAGACGGUCAGCUGGAAGAGGAGGAUUGCCUCUCCGCUCAUUGACGUGGAGACUAUGCUGAAGUUUUUCCUGUUUUAUGCUGGAGAUCUGGCCAAUGUUUUCUUCGCCGUCACUGUGGGUACUGGACUUUACUGGCUCAUCUUGUACAAGGCCCAACAGUUUGUAUCAGUACUGUUACCACUACCUGCUCAGGAGGGGCAGUUUGUGACGUACAUUGGUUGUGCCUUUGCUCUCAAGGCCGUCCAGUUUCUCCACAAGCUGAUUCUUCAGGUGUCAAUUGAUGUUUUCUUUAUUGACUGGGAGAGGCCACGAAGCAAAGCUAACAGAACAGUGCAAGUUUCAGCUACUGGCGAGCCGAAACGUGACCCCUCUCCGGUUAGCAUCUGGAGGACCUACUUUGUGGCUAAUGAAUGGAACGAGAUCCAGACCAUCCGCAAGAUCAGCCCCACUUUUCAGAUCAUGGCUGUGCUCUUCUUUCUUGAAGUGCUGGGUUUCUCUAACCUGGCCCUCAGGGACCCCUGGCCAACUUUACAGCGCUCCUCACAGGCAUACACCCCCUCAUACAGCCUGAUGCUGCGCUAUGGUCUGGCAGCCACGCUGUGGCUCUGCAUUGGACUUCUGCAGGUGAUUUUCUUCACUGUGUUUCAUGAGCACUUUGUGGAGGACAAAAUCCGUCAGUUUGUAGAUCUCUGCUCCAUCAGUAAUAUUUCUGUGCUGCUGUUAUCUCACCGUUGUUUUGGCUACUACAUUCACGGACGUUCAGUACAUGGGCAUGCAGACACAAACAUGGAGGAAAUGAACAACAAUCUGAAUAGAGAAUCUGAGUCCCUGUGUGGUCAGAGAGGACUACUUCCCAACACAGAGAUCCAGACCUUUCAGGUGUCUCUCACCAACCGCCUGCGGUCGCAGUAUGACAGGAUACAGGAGCAGAUCAACAGGAGGCACGGGCCAUCGCGACUGAUGGACGAGUGCUCGGCUAACCAGUUUGAGCAGAGGGCCAGAGGCUACCAGACCAUGAACCACUUUCUGGGAUCCAUUAUAGACCAUGCGUAUCCUGACAUGGACUAUAUAGUGAAGGACAAGCUGAUGUUUGAGAGGGUCAUAGGGAUGGAGUUUCUUGAACCCACUGAAAAAAGCAUCUUUUACAAUGACGAGGCCCAUUCCUUUAGUGAUGUGCUGUUUUAUGGGAAUGAGGCCACGCUGCUGAUCUUUGAUACUUUGUUCUUCUGUGUCGUCGACCUUGGGUCUCAGAGCUUUGUACUUGCAGCGGUGCUUACAUGCGUACAGCAAAUGAUAUUUCGCUUGAUCCGUAACACUCUCGGAAGGAAGAACCUUGUCAGAAAGACUCUGGUGGAUGAGAGAUUUCUGAUAUAAAAUUCCCUGCUAAGUAAUUUGUAGUGUCGGUGUUGUUUGGUGGCAUUCCUCUCAAAGAUGUUUACUGUUCACAGCUUGUGCAGCUUUUUUGUACUUUUCUUUACAUAUACAGUAUUUUCACUGCUGUUUCAUGAUGUACAUAUGAUCAUUUUUGAUUUUGUAAGAGUUUGAUGUUUUUAUUGAUUAAAAUGUUUUGAUAUGAAGACA